AUGCAGAGCCAAACCGCCCCGGCCCAGGCCAUGUCCGGCCUCAACAUCUCCAAGCGCCGCAAGUUCGUCGCUGACGGUGUCUUCUACGCCGAGCUCAACGAGUUCUUCCAGCGCGAGCUGGCCGAGGAGGGAUACUCCGGCGUCGAGGUCCGCGUUACUCCUACCGUCACCGAUAUCAUCAUCCGCGCAACGCACACCCAGGAGGUUCUCGGUGAGCAAGGUCGCCGCAUUCGUGAGGUAAGAGUGUACUUUGGCAAAGGAGAUGGAUUGCACAUACUCACAAUACCACAGCUCACCAGCUUGAUCACCCACCGUUUCCGAUUCCCUCCGGACUCUGUCUCCCUCUACGCCGCCAAGGUCCAGUCUCGUGGUCUUUCUGCCGUCGCUCAGUGCGAGUCCCUCCGCUACAAGCUCCUCAACGGUCUCGCUGUCCGCCGUGCAUGCUACGGUGUGCUCCGGUACGUAUACACUACUAGCACACCCCUUAGUGCAAUUUCUGACGAAUUUCUAGCUUCAUCAUGGAGUCUGGUGCCAAGGGUUGCGAGGUUGUCGUCUCCGGCAAGCUACGCGCUGCACGUGCCAAAUCGAUGAAGUUCACUGAUGGCUUCAUGAUUCACUCUGGUCAACCAGCCAAGGAUUUCAUCGACUCCGCAACCCGCCACGUCCUCCUCCGACAAGGUGUGCUCGGUAUCAAGGUCAAGAUCAUGCGCGCCUCCUCUUCGCCCAACGACCCAGCCGGCGAGAAGGCUGGCGGCAAGGGUCUUCCAGACUCUGUCACCAUCAUCGAGCCAAAGGAGGAGCAACCCAUCCUCGCACCAAGCUCGCAAGACUACGGUGCCAAGGCUGCUCAGCAAGCUCAGCAAUAUGCUCAGCAGCAGCCAGAGGAAGGAGGCGAGGACGCACCCCCAGCUCAGGAGUACUAG